AUGACUGAUUUGGCCAAUGUUUAUCAGCUGUUCCGCAGUAAGUUUGAGGAGAACGACUUUCAGUACUACGCUCCCCCAUCGUACAUACACACACUUACAGAAAGCAACGAAAAGAUCAUAUUCGCCUUCCGAAAGAAUGAAGACCUACCUUCCGAUACCGAUUGGGUGAAGAAAUCACCGAAAAGCAAUCCAUCCAACAGUCUCGAUCUAACCGGUUCUCCGCUGAAGGAUAUAAGCUUUGCUGAUUAUGAUGAUAUCGGUAUGUGCAUUGAAGAAACAAAUGGACUAACGGUGGGAAACCUGUGGGCGCCCGAGGAGGAAGCUUAUGGUCCGCUGGCAACGGAAAAAGCUCGCUCUAUACUGCAGAACUUUAUCAACCUGGAUUGCCGUACGGGACGGGGAAGCAUUUGGACGUUGUGCUGUGGGACCGACACGGACCAGACGGUAUUGCUUCAGCUGGCGAUAAACUCCGCCUCGAACAAUCAGCGUCAGUUUACGCGUGGUGUUGUGCGCUUUGCUGGGAUGCAUGCGAAUGAGAAUAUUUCGUUGGCUCAUCUUAUCGGGUUGCAUCGUGAGCGAGCCGGGGAUGCAAUGAAAUUUAACCCGAAAAUUCAAAUUCAGCAGUGGUGCUCGUUGAGUCCGUACAUAACGAUUCGUUUAAGCUGGAACACGAUGGGUGAAGGUGCUACGUUUGCGGUUGAGAGGAAUGCACGAGUACGUUUGAGCCAGGAGUUCCCGAUUAACAAUGGUGCGUUUAGUCGCAGUUCACGGGCGGAGUACUUCUGGCAGCAACUGCAACGAUUAGCAUUGAUGAGGGAGAAGAUUAUGGAUAUUCGUGCGAACCGAGCGAUUGGCUAUGCACGUAACGAUCUCGGUGGAGUAGACGAGAUGGAUCUGGAGUACGUGAAGCAAAAGGUGUACAACAUUCUGUCAACAUUUUUGGCAGUAGAACCCACCACUUACCAGUCUUCCUCGAUCGCGGACAUGGUUAGACAGGUGCAAAAUCAUAAUCUGACGGAUGUGAUGGAACGGCUGUACGAUGCAUUGACGCUAUGCUCUAACUAUGACGAUCUGAAGGCAGCCAUCGAUUACAUCUUUCAUUUGUCAACCCAUUCUAAUAUUGUGAAUGUCCCUACGAAUGGUACUCGUUUCGCGCAGCUCAUACUAGCGAUGAUCCAGGACCGUCUGGCUAUACCUUCCCUGACCGGAUCGGAACCGUACGAACUGCUGCUGGAGUGUGGUUUUAGCAAGCUCAUGAACGACUAUCGUACGAUCUUUAGCGAGAGUGGUGUGUACGAGUUGGAGUUUGAGAAGCUCUUUCAACCCCAAGUUACUUGUACCCGCAAAUCUCGAUACGCUACCGGAUCGGGACCACAAGCUGACCAUGCCGGUGGUACCCAACGCAGCGCACUUUUGUUUCAACCUACCGUCGAGGAUCGUGGACGCGAAAAGUCCAUCCUUUUGAGCAACUUCGAUGAGGAUGAGGUGAAGAUUCGGCUUAACCGACUGGCGCAGGUACACCUGUUGCUGGAGCAUCUAUUGCUGCUGGAAAGUGUCGUUAACGUACCGUCGAUUUAUGGACGUGUGUGUGAGCUGUAUCUAAACCGGCAACCGUUCAGCUAUGGUGAGGUGUACAAUCGGAAGUCCGAUCUGCUGGAGUUUGAUAUGGAUGAGUUUAUGUUGCUGUGUAAAGCGGAUCAUUUGCUACCGUGCGCAAGGCGCGUUUCAAUGUCGUCGGGUAAUUUGUUGCAGAAGCUGGAAACCGUUUUCUACCAGAACACUAGACCGUUGUUACCGGAGCGGUUUUAUCCACAGUUUGAGUGUAAGGAAGUUGAGAGUAAGAAUGUGUUCUGGUGCUAUGAGUACGAUCGCAUUGAGCGUCUUUGA